CGGUGGGUGUGUGAGGGAGCUGCACAGUGUUUUGGUUCCGGCGUGAGAAGUUCUUCUUAUGUUCUGCAAGCGUUCUCCACAUCUCGAACCUCAAAACCUGGCUCUGAUCAUGCCUGUGGACAUGGCAGUGCAGCUCUAUAUCACACAUUCUCCACCUCUGCACAGCUUCCUCAGUUCGUACGAGGACUAUCGGGCGAGGAACCUUGUUAACGUCCACUACAGACCCCUCCGUCCCUGCAUCAACACCAAGAACGCCAGAAAUGCUCAGAAUCUACACCCGACUCCACCGUGCCAUUCCCGGAAGGGUCCUGAAACCAGAGCUAAGAAGAAGGUGGUGUUUGCCGACUCUAAAGGCAUGUCGCUGACCGCCGUCCGUGUCUUCUGUUCGUCCGAUAAGAAGAGCAGCAGAUCGGAGUCUCCACUGCAGUUCUACCUCCCGAAGCUGGAGGACGGCGUGAACGCGGCUCAGACCCGAGUUCUAGACUUUCCUCAGCCUGCGCUGGAUUAUCUCAGCUUCCGGAGGCGGCUGAUGAAGAAUUCCGUGUGUCUGGAAUGUUGUUUGAUGCAGGGCCGAGCGCUGACCGGAACGGUCAAGGUGCGAAAUCUGGCUUUUGAGAAAUCCGUGCACCUUCGGAUCACCUGCGACUCGUGGAGGAGCCACCGAGACGUGGUGUGCACUUACGUAAACGACGUGUACGGGUGCAGGGAUAGCGACACGUUCUCCUUCGCCGUUGAGAUUCCAUCGUCCGUGUCGCCUCAGGAGAAGGUGGAAUUUUGUUUUAGAUUCACCACCGUGGGUCAGACGUACUGGGACAACAACGACGGGAAGAAUUACGCUGCUGUGGUGAUGAAGGACAAUAAAAAAAGGAUCAAAUCAGAAGUGUUUUUUUAAUGCAAAACCGAAAGAGAUGUAACCCACUGUUACCACGAUCAAAAUCAGCCAACACCUCUACUGGUAACUCGUAAUCAGUCACUUUAAGCUGGUGCACUGCACUUUACAAAUGUACAUGUACAAAAUAAACUACAUUUAUUUUAAUUAUCAUUAUUAUUAUUCUGUAAAGAAUAAUAAUCCGUUAAAGUGAAAUAAGCUGGAAUUGUCCUUCAUAUUGAAGGGUUAAACUGCUCUGUAAAUAAGAAUAUUGAUUAUUUGUUGUGGCUCUUCGGCCGUUGGCGUGUCCGCUGAACAGUUGAUGAUUGUAUAUAUAAAAUAUCAGUGAGAUGUAGAAGCGCUGGUGCCUCAAUAAUUGCUUGUGUAAUAAAUACUCAUGAUGGAAAA